UUAACUCAUUCAACGACUCAAUUAAAUAAUUAACAAUAAUAUAAAGAAAAAUCCUUUAUAGACCACUGAAUUUAACAAUGAAGGAAUUUAACAUUUAUUUAUAAGCUAAAAUAAAAAUGGAGGCUGAUUCAACAACUUACGAUAAUAGUUCAAAAUCUCCCGAUGACAUUUGUUUACCAUUUAAUACAAAUGCAGCAAACCUAAAGCUUUAUAAAAAUCUAAUAAGUGACGUAGGUGAUCGUAGCUUAGAAAGCCAGUUAGUAGGAAAACUACAGUCACUUGGGCUAAUACCUCAAAAUAUAUCCUGUCCUGAAAACAAACCAGAUUGUAAAGUUUUAUGUAAAUCGGCUCGCGUUAUUGACAGGGUUCAGUGGGCUUGUCAGGGAUGUGGUAAAAAACAGCCAAUCAGAACUGGUUCAUUCUUUUUUCGACUGCAAUGUUCUAUUAUGCAAGCUCUGCAGAUAAUUCUUGCCUGGUGUGAAGAUGCUGAAAUAACGACUGCAGCACAAUUUUUCGAUGUAAAGCCAAGAGUGGCUAGUUCUAUCUAUGAUAGAUUGGAUGAAUUAGCAAUAAAUCAACUUCGGAAAAGCAAGUUAGGAGGGGAGAAUGCAGUUGUUCUUACCGAGAUGUAUCCUGAUUGCCUGAACAGACUAUCACCAGAUACAACAGAUCAAGCUCAUGUUCAUCAGAUAUUGAUGAUUGCUGAUACUAAACAUAUUCCUACGCGGUACAAGCUACAUGUAAUUCAAAGUGAUCUUAAGAAGCUGCAGGGUAAUACAAAUAAUGAGCAGUCUCUUAAAGAAGAAAUAGAACGAGUAUUAAACAGUGUAUCAGAACCACAAUCAAUGCUUGUUACUGGCAACAAUGUUCCAUUAAUUGAUGGAACAGUAUCUCUACAACAGUUGAUUCAGCAUUGUGAUGUUGAUAUGCAACAUUUUUUGAGCUCCCGUAUCUGGAGCCAGGCGUUAACGUUGUGCUCGGCGUCCCGCGAGCUGUGCUCGGGCGCGGCCGCGGUCGCCUGCGUGGCGCCGCUGCAGCGCUACCUCGACGCGGCGCUGCAGCGCCUGCGCCACUCCGACCGCUUCUACGAGCACACGCUGCGCGCGCUCGCCGAUGACGUCACGCACACUCACUCGUCCUAGUGCGGACCGCGUACUGGGUCCAGUCGACCUACUUUGAUACUAUAUAGUCUUCUAACGAUUUCAUAAUUAAGUUUUUUAUCUGUACAUUCAGAACUAGAUUUAGGGAAGGGCAACCGAGGCAACUGGAGAUUCAGAUGAGUUAACCAUUUUAAUAUAAUUCAAACUCGAACUCAAACUUAUACAAAAAGUAAACAUAUUAUUCAGCAACUCUAACAGAUAUGAAAAUGUUUAAAUAAAUCACUAAAAUAAUAAUUAGGGCAUCAACUCAUCUGUUGCUCCAGAGCCUCAACUCCUUUGCGGCCCCAGGGCCUCCAGUACUGUAAGUCCGGCUCUGUGUACAUAGUAACCUGUCUUCCUUUUACACACAAUAGUACAGAUAGAAGAAGAAAUCGCACAAAUAAUUGUAUUUCGUAUUAUUUGUUUAAGAAUAGUAUAUAACGCCAACUACCGAUACUAAGGAAUAGACAAAACUUUCAGUGUUGGAUAAUCUGUUUAUUGGAUACCAAAAAUAAUAAUAAUCUAUUUAAUUAAUUCUGACAAUAAGGAAUUGUAUUAUUUUAUUACAUAUGAAUGGUAAGUAUUUUACGGAACUAACUAGAAAUAAGGAUGUUCAUACAAUCUUUUUGGAUUGUUUAAUUAUCAUAGACGUCGAAUAUUGAUUAGUAAUAAAAACAAAUAGGCGUUGUCAUUGGAAUUUUGUUAAAGAUUUAAAUAAUAAUAUAUGACAAUAGUGUAGACCUUUGUUCUAGUUCAUCUGGGUAUAGAUUUAGUCAUU